AAAAAAAAAAAAAAAAAAUGUCGAAAAGCCAGAAGACAAGGUACUUUCGACUGGCUGAAAUGCAGCCCACCAUGACUAACUUUUCGGCCGCUGUUCUGAUCAUAUCCAAAUCGUCGCCAAACUUAUUCCUGGACAAGCUCAGUGCCAGCGAGCGUGGUGUUUUUACGCUAACGGUACGCGACUCCAUAAGCCACAUUACCAACUGCAAGUGCUGGGGCCAAAAGUCAUUCGUCGAUAAGUAUAACGCAAUGCUGCACAUUGGCGACAUCGUGGACAUUGUCGGGGCAAAGGUGAUGUCGCUUUCCAUACCUCGUGAGCCGCGUUAUCAGCCCCAGGCCACUCUGUCGUGCACAUUAACGGUCAACGAAGGGUACGGUCAUAUUGUGCGGCACGACAACGACGACUUACCCACAAUAGAGACCCUGCAGCAGCUCAUCCACAAGCCUCACAAGCCUCUUGGCUCUACCCUUAAUCUGGUCGAAGCUUGCUUGGGCAUUAGGCUUCACGAAAGGAAUCUUAAUGCAUAUGUGGACCUACUUGUGGUUGUGGCCGCGGUUCGUCCAGUGCGCGAGUUGAAGCGUAAACUUUCCCAAAGCUAUGCGAAGGACAACGGACCACUUCAAUGCCUCGAACUUAUCGUGAUGGAUGCCAGUUGCCCAGAUGGAAUUUUGCUCUCCCUGUGGCAUGCGGAGUGGAUAAGGCGCGCCAAGCACUGGCAACCACGAAAGACCGUCCUGCACCUGAUUGAUGUGCGUAUCUCCUAUUCGGACUACUAUCGCUGCCCAGUGCUCAACCACGCCAACUGUACGCUUCUCUACGAGGAUCCGCAGGCCGCCGGCGGCGACUGUGAUGCGCUACUCUCGUUUGCCACCUCUGUGCUGCCUAUGAGCUUUGACCAGUCAGAUCAAACAGACUUGGCGAAUCUACCGAGAGCUUGCCAAAUCCAAACAAAGAUGACAACAAAACAGAUUUACUCUCGAGUCGAGGGUGAGCUGAGCAAUGCAGAAACCGAUCGGUUUACGGCUGUGCUCUAUUGCAUGGUCUCCAAGUUCGACAUUGACGGAUAUUCCAUGAACACCAGCAAGAAGUGCACAACAUGUCAACAUCUUUUCCUACGAAAUCAAAGCGAUUGUAUCAGAGAAGAAUGUCAAUUGUCGUUCUCACUGGAAUCCAAUGGGCCAAGACAUUCGAGCUUUAUCAACAUCAAUAUUCAGUUGUCCGAUCAAACGGGGACGUUGGUCGAGGGUCGUCUGAGCGGGCACGUAGCCGAGCGUGUGUUGGGCAUCAAAGCGAACGACUUUCAGCGGCUCUCAGAAGGUGCGAAAAUUGAGCUCAAGUGGCGCUUUCUGCUGAAGUACUUUGAGGUGAAGCUGCUCAUAAAGAAACAAUCAGCCAUGCGCAAGAAUAUUGGUGUGCUUGUGGUGGACAUGCAAGCAAUACCGCUUAACAAAAUGAUAGAUACAUUUUCCGUGUUCUAGUAGUGCCCAGGAGUGGAGAUACUCUAGAGUGGUACCCUACAUACAUAAAUAGCGAGUUUUAUUACACAUUUCCACAUAAAAUUGUUUAAAUUACGUAAAUAGACGAAUUCUUGUACGUACGCAUUUGCGAUUACUUACGUUAUAAAAAAGCGUGAAUGGGGGUGGAAUGAAGUGUGGGAUUCGCUUCUAUCUUGUUCACGUGGGUUAGUUGGUAAUGACUACAGUAGGUGGUCGGAUCUAUAAGACAGUGUACAAAAUGAGUGUAUUAUCGUAAGCUUACAAACCGAAUUACCACUGUGGGUUCAUUAAUAGAUUUAAAUGAAUCAUCAAUAAGAUGCACCAUCAUAAGGAAAAUAAGUUAUUCGAUAGUAGUUGGUCAGUUAAUACAAAAGAAAUCAUUUCAAUCUUCUGGCCGACAACUGUCUUAUAGUUCGAAAACGUACAUAAAACAUAUUAUGCAUAAACGAUCACGCCGAGUGUGUCUAAUUUAACUAUAAACAACGAUUUGGUACAACGCUUAAUACUGACCUACAUAAAUGGUAUGUACAUAUGUACAGGCAGACUGCCAUACACAUAACGAAACGAAUUACGCUUGCAAACAAAAUCAAAAAUAUACAAACAUAUAAGGACAAAUGCAAUUCAAUAGCAUUGGGAGACUGGAUAUUGGGAAAGUGAUUCUGUGCCA